CGCAGCUCCCACACACCGCGAACCGUCCAUACCUUCGCGCCCUGGCUGCAGCUUCCUGGGCGGGACCUCACGCUGGAAGCGAGGGCGGGACUUCCGGCGGCGGGAGGAACCCGCCCGCAAGUAGCUAUGGCCUGGUACGCGAAGCUGGUGGGCAUUCCCCUUAGGGUUCAGAGGUUCCACACAGCCGCGUGUCACUGCAAGGGCCGGACUGGCGCCGAGCACCAGUGGCUCACGCGGCACCUGAAGGACCCGUUUGUGAAGGCUGCAAAGGUGGAGAGUUACCGCUGCCGCAGCGCCUUCAAGCUCCUGGAGAUGAAUGACAAGCAUCACAUCCUGAGGCCUGGUCUCCGGGUGCUGGACUGCGGGGCGGCCCCGGGAGCCUGGAGUCAGGUGGCAGUGCAGAGAGUCAACGCCACGGGCGCAGAUCCCAGCUCUCCUGUGGGCUUUGUGCUGGGCGUCGAUCUCCUUCACGUAUUCCCUUUGGAAGGAGCAACUUUUCUAUGCCCCGCUGAUGUGACUGACCCCAGAACUUGCCAGAGAAUUUUAGAACUGCUUCCCGGAAGGAGAGCAGACGUGAUUCUGAGUGACAUGGCACCCAAUGCCACUGGCAUCCGGGGCCUUGACCACGACAGGCUUAUCAGCUUGUGCCUCAGCCUUGUGGACAUGGCUACGGACACCCUGCAGCCCGGGGGCACUCUGCUGUGUAAAAUCUGGGCGGGAAGCAGAAGCCACCUGCUCCAAAGGAGACUGACCCAGGAAUUCCGGAACACAAAGGUCGUGAAGCCCGCGGCCAGCAGGAAGGAGUCUUCAGAGGUGUACCUCUUAGCCACACAGUACCGUGGCAGGGAGGGCUGUCCGGAGCACUGAGCCGGCCCUGUCCUCUGGGCACACCCUCCUGAGCGGGGCUGGGAUCUGAGCUGCACUGUGGGUAUGAACGGCACACUGAGGUCUUUAAAGAGAUGAAAAAUGAUAACAAUGGGCCAGCACGAUGGCUCAGUGCGCACAGAGGCUCACUGCUCGGCCUGAUGGCACACAAUGUGAACAAACGCAUUGCUGUGGUUAGCUUUUGUCAGUUUACCACAAACUUAGCUUUAUCUGGGAAGAAAGGCCCCAACUGAGGAAUUGCCUUUGUCAGGUUGGCCAGUGGGCAAGUGUGUGAGACAUUUUCUUGAUUGGUGGUCUAAGUGGGAGGGCACAGCCCAGUGAAAGCGUGCCACCCCUGGGCAGGUGGUCCUGAGUUGUACAAGAAAGUGGGCUGAGCAAGACAUGAGGAGCAAGCCAGAAGCCACACCCACCUGGUCUCUGCUUCAGUUACUGCCUCAGGUUCCCACCUUGAGAACCCACCUUGACCUUUUCAAUGACAGACUUGUGUCAGGAUGAGCAGGCCAAAUAAACCCUUUCCUCCCAAGGUUGUUCUAUGUGCCGGAAACAAAAUACAAAGCCAGUCUUCUCUAUCAGGAUUUUAUUUUUCAGGCUUUUGUUUGUUUUUGAGAUUGGGUUUCACUCUAUGGUCCUCCUGCCUCGGCCCCCCAAGUGCUGAGAUUACACUGCUACACCUGAUUCUUAUGAGGAAGAUAGGUGGAGAGCGAAGGAUUAAAAAAAAGCAAAAAACAACUAGGCAGUGGUGACAAACGCCUUUAAUCCCAGCACUCAGGAGGCAGAGGCAGGCGGAUCUCGGAGUUCUAGGCCACCCUACAGAGCAAGUUCCAGGACAGGGCUACACAGAGAACCCUGUUGGAAUAAAUAAAUAACUAAAUAAAAAUAAACGGUUGGAUGGGA